ACCCUGCCGGAGGUCCCCUGUGGUGGCUUUCCCUGCUGAGCUUCCUCUCCCACCACCACCUCAGCUCAUCGCUCCUCCUGGUCCCUCCUGGGGGGCUUUGCAAAAUUCUCCAGGCAGGGGGUCCACGGGGGACACCAGCACAGGGACCAUGGGGCGGCUGUCCCAUGACAUCGUCCCCCUCGUCGCGUGGUGCAUCGUCACCUUCCAGGCGGCCGCCUGCCUGCGGGAGCAGCCUGGCAGCCACGCUGAGGAGCGUCUCUUCAAGCAUCUCUUCACUGGCUACAACCGCUGGUCACGGCCGGUGCCCAACACCUCCGACGUGGUCAUCGUGAAGUUCGGGCUCUCCAUCGCGCAGCUGAUCGAUGUGGAUGAGAAGAACCAGAUGAUGACCACAAACGUCUGGCUGAAGCAGGAGUGGAGUGACUACAAGCUGCGCUGGGACCCGGCAGACUUUGAUAAUGUCACCUCCAUCCGGGUGCCCUCUGAGAUGAUCUGGAUCCCCGACAUUGUGCUCUACAAUAAUGCCGACGGGGAGUUUGCUGUGACCCACAUGACGAAGGCUCACCUCUUCUCCAACGGGAAGGUGAAGUGGGUGCCGCCCGCCAUCUACAAGAGCUCGUGCAGCAUUGAUGUCACUUUCUUCCCCUUCGACCAGCAGAACUGUAAGAUGAAGUUCGGCUCCUGGACCUACGACAAGGCCAAAAUCGACCUGGAGAACAUGGAGCACCAUGUGGACCUCAAGGAUUACUGGGAGAGCGGCGAGUGGGCCAUCAUAAAUGCCAUCGGCACCUACAACUCCAAGAAGUAUGACUGCUGCACCGAGAUCUAUCCCGACAUCACCUUCUGCUUCAUCAUCCGUCGCCUCCCACUCUUCUACACCAUCAAUCUCAUCAUACCCUGCCUGCUUAUCUCCUGCCUGACCGUGCUGGUCUUCUACCUGCCCUCCGACUGCGGGGAGAAGAUCACCCUCUGCAUCUCUGUCCUGCUUUCCCUCACUGUCUUCCUGCUGCUCAUCACGGAAAUCAUCCCGUCCACCUCGCUGGUCAUCCCUCUCAUUGGCGAGUACCUCCUCUUCACCAUGAUCUUCGUCACGCUCUCCAUCAUCAUCACUGUGUUUGUCCUCAACGUCCACCACCGCUCCCCCAGCACCCACACGAUGCCCCGCUGGGUGCGUAGCUUCUUCCUCGACUUCAUCCCUCGUUGGCUCUUUAUGAAGAGACCCCCGGUGCUGCCUCCUCCUGAGGGGACCACGGGGCAGUACGACCUCCCGGGGACCAGGCUCAGCACCUCCCGGUGCUGGCUGGAGACCGAUGUGGAUGACAAGUGGGAGGAAGAGGAAGAGGAGGAGGAGGAGGAAGAAGAAGAGGAGGAAGAGGAGGAAAAGGCAUACCCCAGCCGCAUGUCCCAGGCGGGCUCCCACGGCCAGGGCACCCAGUGCCGCUAUGGCUGCGGGCGCCAAGCUGGGAAGACAUCGGCGGGCUCAGCCCCCCGGGUGCCCCCCAAGGGGGAGGAGGAGGAGGAGGUGGGCUCGGGCCGGGGGCUGAUGCUGUCCCCCAGCAUCCUGAAGGCCCUGGAAGGGGUGCAGUACAUCGCGGACCACCUGCGAGCUGAGGAUGCUGACUUCUCGGUGAAGGAGGACUGGAAGUACGUGGCCAUGGUGAUCGACCGCAUCUUCCUCUGGAUGUUCAUCAUCGUCUGCCUGCUGGGCACUGUGGGGCUCUUCCUCCCGCCCUACCUGGCGGGGAUGAUCUAGGGGCUGGGCCAGGCUGCGGUGGGGACGGCAGGCAAUGCACGCUCCUGCCUCCCGGGGAGCUGGCAUGGUGAUGCCCACGUCCAGCCAGACC